GUGUUCUGCUCUGUCUUCCCGCUGCAGCCGCCCGAAGAAAAAAGAAAGGGAACCCAGCCAUGCCUUGGAAAACCGGUGAGAAAGCUUGAUUUUUCCCUUCUUUUCUUGUCCAAGAACCUGAUUUGGAACCCAGAAUUCUCCCCCCUGCAUGAAGCUUUCGGAUCUGCCUUGCUCUGCUCCCCUGUACGCCGGUUGCUCUUGCUUGUGGGGUGUGAUUUGCUCCGGUUUUGGACCCGUGAGCUUCCCCUGCACUACCGCCGGCUUCUUCCCCCUGCUAGGUCCGGUUCUUGCUUGUAAAUUCUGUUGAUUGCUGUGUGAUUGUUGGAGAGAAAACCCGUGAAUUAGCUAGUGGUUUGGCCAAUUUUGGAGAGUGCAGUUACUGUUCACGGGUACUGUUCACACCCCGAGGGCCAACAUUUAACGGGAAUUUAAGUGAUUAGUUUGUGAUAUGAGAACGAAUUUGGAGAUAUCUAAUAAUGUGGAGAUUUAUAGAAAUAGCAUUGUGAUUAGGAAUGAUCCUAAUGAUGAGUUUACCUUGAAUAUGUGAUAGUCCGGUAUUAAUUCUGAGGUGUUUUGAUUAGGUUCCCGAUCGUCUUGUCAGUUUAGUACGUGAAUUGAGUGCUCGGUUUUAUGCGAGUGAGGUAAGUAAAUUUAUGGUAAUGCCCGUACUGUUUUAAAAGCAUGUUUUGAUUUGUUUUUGAAGUGGUGGCGGGACUAAACCCGUUUUAUACAAGUAUGACUAAAUUGGAGUGAAAUGUUUUAUGCUUUUCAUUAAAUUGAGCAUGCCUACUUGAAAUUUAAGUGACUGUCCUGAUGAUCUGAAAGUGAUUGUGAAUUGUGAUUUUUCUGUUAACUUCUGCCUAUUUUGUCUCCGAUGUGGUCAUGUUAUUCGUGACCCCGCUAGUAGGGGAGGUUACAAACACUAGCACAUGUCGACAUGUUCGUGAUAGGACCGGUUCGCUCGUGGCCCUACUAGUGGGGAUUAUACACUAGUAUUCCUGUUUGCCUGCCAGUGGGAACUGGCCAUGACCUAUAGAGGAGACGUCUAUUUCGUGCCCGUACUGUAUCCGUUUUUCGUGAUUGUACUUGUUGGCAUGCUAUAAGUUUAAUAAUGGGCACUCCAUAUUUACUGACUAAGUUUAUCUCAUAGUUUUUCCUUGUCCACCAUUUCAGGAAGUGAAACCGAGGACGGGGAAACCACGGGAAGUGACGAGUUAGAAAGCUAGUCAUACUGUAAUUUGAUAUGAAUUUUAGAUAUGAAUCAUGAUCUUGUAUUUGGAGAUUUUAUUGGAGAUUUAUGAUAUCAG